UUAAGUAUUCUACUCAUGUGGUGGUUGAAUGUGUCCUCGGAUAAUUGGAUAGGAUUUGUCACCAUGAAAAGUGUACUGCUGCUGCUUGUUAUCCACUUGUUGCACUGUGAAGGUCGUGUGGUGGUACGUAGAGACGAGCAACUCAACAACCGGCCUAUUAUCGGCGUACUUUCUCAAGAGCAAUCUAAAAGUCUACAAAAGAAAUAUCCGAAAGAAAAUUAUACUAGUUACAUAGCUGCCUCCUAUGUAAAAGACGUUGAAGCAUCCGGUGCUAGAGUCGUACCCAUUUUAAUCGGAAAGGAUCGUAAAUAUUAUAGAGAAUUAAUGCAAAAAAUUAACGGAGUGUUGUUUCCCGGUGGAGCAACUUACUUCAACCAAUCCAACGGCUAUGCCGACGCGGGACAGCACAUUUACGAAAUUGCUAAACAAAUGAACGACCGAGGUGAUUACUUCCCCAUCUUCGGCACUUGUCUUGGUUUUGAGUUGAUGAUUAUUAUCGCUUCUGGUCGCGGCGAGGUAGAAAAUAGAAUCGAGUGUGACGUUUUUGAAAAUUUACCUCUUCGUUUUGAUCAUGGUUAUAAAAACAGCAAGAUGUUUUCAGCUGCGCCGCAAGAUGUUCUCACUAUACUAUCGACCCAGGACGUUACAGUGAAUUAUCAUAUGUUUUGUAUCAUUGACCAAAACCUGAAGAACUUCAGUUUGGAUCGGGAUUGGCUGGUGACGUCACAUAGUACUUCCACAGGCGGCUCCAAAUUUAUCGCUAGUAUUGAACACAAAAGAUAUCCGUUCUAUGGCGUCCAGUUCCAUCCAGAGAAAACUUUCGAGUGGAAACAGAGUAAAAAUUACCCACACACCGUAGAAUCAAUUAAGGCAAAUCGUUACUUCAUGGACUUUUUUGUAAACGAGUGCAGAAAAAGUGAUCACACUUUUAACAAUGUCGUUGAAGAAAACAAGUAUCUUAUUUAUAACUAUGUACCACACUUCACCGGUGUACUUGGUAGCGCUUACCACCAAUGUUAUAUGUUUGAACCUAGAGGCAUAACCAAUAGUUGUCUUUGAGAAAGAAGCUAGAAGAAAUAAACUUUCUUACACUAGCGUUAUAGUAUAUUUAUGAAAAUUAAAUUUUUACAAACAUGCUCGGAAUUUAUUUUUUUUAAAUUACUUUCAAAAAAUGAACACGGAAAGUUUCUCAAUUAUAGACCAUGCGACUUCUUCCCGGCCAAGGCCUGCAAAGGAAGUAUGAAAAUCUAUUACUGUCCUGUUUUGAAAACUUUUUAUCUACCUACUAUUAAUGAACUAUAUAAACAAGCAAAAUAAAACCUCUUACAGCCAACUGCCCAGUGUUCAUAACUGCGAG